GAGGUGGUGACCGGGCAGCCAGCCGUGGCGCUCCAGACGGCAGACGAGGCCGCGAAGAUCCGUGCGCUCUUGCACCCGGAGCCCCUCGAGCACGAGGUGGCCGUCGCGGAGCAUCCUGCCGGGCUUGCGCAACACGGAGUUCAUGCUGCGGAGCAUUCCGGCGAGCUCGCGCAGCACGAAUCUCGUGGGAGCAGGCUCGACGCGGCCUGGGACUCCAUCCGCCUGGCGGUCUUCGGCGCCGCCGCGGAAUCGCAGGGCGCGCCGCCCGAGGAGAGCGAACUGCCCACGCACGGCGCCCGAGCGCUGGUCGCUGAGGCCGCCGCUGCGGCGGGCGCGGCCAGCGAGGCGGCGCCGACAGGGCCUGGCAGACCCGCCGCCGAGCGAGUCGCCGAGCCGCCAUCGUCAGCGGGGGCCGCGCUGGCCGGGCCGCUGGCGGCCGCGACCGCGGCGGCUGCGGGCGCCGUGCGGGAGGCUCCGCGGCAUGCGCCGGCGCCGGGCGGCGAGGAGAGCGGCGCCUCCGCGGAGGUGCCAUCGCAGGUCAUCCAGAUCGAGGUGCCGCUGGAGGAGGUCCCCAUGAUGAGCGAGGUACCAUCCUGGAACGGUGAGGCAGAGAAGCUGUCGAACUAUCGUUUCGAGGUGUCGGUGUUUGCGAAGAGCAUCAGAGUGAACGACCGCUACGUCUGCGGACCACAACUGGUGGGCGAAUACGGAAAGUUAGUCGGCUGGGAGACGGUGUUCAACUAUGUGCUAGAGAAGUUGGACUACACCAGCCUCAACGACACGGGUCUGUUGGCCGAGGAAUUCUUCCUGAAGAUAGGCCGCAACUCGGGGGAGACCUUUCAAGACUGGGCGGCCCGGUUCGAGAAGAAGGAGAGGGAGCUGUUGACCCAGCUGCAGGCCAUCGACCUAGACGUGAAAGAAGUGAUAGCGAAACCUCUUCGCACAUGGUGGUUCCUGCGGAAGUCAAGGCUCACCCCCGUGCUCAGAGGCGAGGUGACGGCGACCGCGGGAGGGGACUUCAACUAUGCGAAGACUUACAAGACGUUGCUCACGCGCUUCCCAGCGGAGGCUCUUGCGGAGCUGGACGGCAAGGUCAAGCGCGAGCGGGCGUUGUUCGAGAACGACUUUGAGGCGGACGAGGACGAGACUGGCGGGGAAGCGGAGGAGAUCUACGAGCUGGCCGAUCAGCUCCUCAACCUCGCGGACGAGGAGGAGGAGGUGGAGCCCGACGACUUGGAAGCGGACAACGAGGUGUUCGCGCAGUUUCGCCAAAAGAUGGACGACAAGCUCCACCGCCGAGGCCUCGCGCAGAGGGGCGACCCCGAGGACGUGCUAAAGGUCGUGGGCGUGGACAACAAGAUCGACGAGUUCGCUUUGAAGGUCGGGGGCGGCGCCACUGGAGGCGCGACGAACACGCACAACGGCUUCAUCCUGUCGGCCCUGGACGAGUACGUCUACCUGCUCGAGCGCGAGGGGAUCUGGGCCGUGCUGGACAUUGGAGCCACGCGCAGCCUCGGUGGCGUCGAGAGCGUAGAGAACCUCAUGUACGAGAUGCUGGUGAACCAUGACGUUGAGUUCGAGGCGCACGGCGACACCUGCUCCUUCACUUUCGGUGACGGGCUCCAGAAGAGCUCGAUGGGGACGGUCUCUGGACGUGCAUACCUGGGACCGGAGCUCCAAGACAUUAGCCUAUCGGUGAUGGCGAACCGCGUCCCCAUUCUCCUGGGCAUGGACAUCCUGACGGACGACUUGAAGGUAGUGGUCGACUGUGGCCGCAACUGGAUUGGGUUGCCGACGCUGGGCAACAAGGUCUACUACUUCGAGAGGCUCUCGAGCAAGCACCUGGCGAUCAACCUUUCGACGCCGCAGUGGUGGCGCGAGGUCUCCCUACCCUUGUCCCUGGAGAACUGCCACGUCAACAUGGCAGGGCGGGGCUCCAUCGUGCUGGACGAAAAGCCGGAGGAGCCCGUGACGGGCUGCGCUGGCUGCCUCGCCGCGCGCUAUGGACAGCACCCCCUGGUGAUGUCGGCCAGCGAGAUAUCAUCUCCAUCGAGCCUCGAGGACCUCAAGAGGGCCCACAUCUCCUGGAGAGACCUCGAGCCAGCCCCCCUCGAGCCGACCGAGAGCGACGCGAUGUGCGACCGAGAGAAGACCCACGACGUCUCAAUGUUCGAGCUGCCCGAGACCGAUGACGACCAGGGGUUCGAGUGGGACAAGGUGGAGGAGCUCUUGGACAUUCUCGGGGACUUCGGAGCAGCCGCCGUCAGCACGACCAGAGUGGGCGCGUCCGAGGACUCGAGCAGAAUCCUCGGCUGCCACGCCGACGUCAGCUCCGUCGACAGCGGGCUCAGCGCCAGCAACACCACCGCUGCAUAUGCCGAUCAACAGUCCUACGGGAUCACCAGUGCAGUACCAGCCACCAGGACGAUGCCAGCGCUGCGGAGCGGUGGGACGGACUCGGAGAGGGCGCCCAACCGCGCGAUCACGGGAUGCAGCUGCCGCGGAGGCAAGAGUCAUCGAUGCCUACGCCUGCAUCCGGACGGAUCGACCUCGGAGAAGGAAGCCUUCGGCGAAGCGCUGGGGGACAUCCGGAGUCAGGCCGUGGCGAUGCGGUGGAGGCGCCUGGCGUCGAAGCCGGCAAAGUGCGACCCCGCGGGGCCCUGGGUGUUUCUGCAAGUGCCGGACGACAGCAUGCUGGACGAUUCGGACGCGACGGAGACCCCAUUGACCGACGCGGACCUCCUCACAUUCUACCAGGCGCAGACCAAGGUGGUGGACCAGAUCUACUUCGAGAUCGGCGAGAACACCGUCAACCUGACCAAGACCAAGCGCGCGGAUCUCAUGGAGGUGUGCUGCCCGAACGAGUCGUCGCUCGGCAAGGCGGUGGAGGCGCAGCAUGGCCAGGUGAUGCGGUGUGGGCUCUUCAACGGCUAUGACAUGGGCACGGCCACAGGCGUCCGCAGGGCCAUGCAUCUACUUCGAAUGGCACGACCUCGACGGUUGGUGUUGAGCCCCCCGUGCACCGCAGACUGUCCCUUCCAGAACCUGAACCAGAGGACGGAGGCCCAGAGAAAGCAGCUCUCGGACAAGAUCCGACAGGCGCGCAGGAUCCAACGGGGGUGCCUGGCACUGUACGAGGAGGCGAAGAAGAUCGUGGACUGCCACGUUGAGUUAGAGCAGCCCUGGAAUAGUCGCAGCUGGUCGAGGUCACCCUCCAUUAAGACAAUGCGGUCAGAGAUGUGCGAGACGAUCAUCCAUGGGUGUGCCUACGGACUUCGUGACGAGAGGUCAGGACUCUUGGUGAAGAAGGCAUGGCGAGUAUGCUCUACCGACCCCGACUUUGGAGCGAAGGUGGGCCGGCUCUGCAGCAACCGAACGGGACGAGGAGAUAAUCACCUACAUCGUGCCAUCGAGGACGGACAUCUGGUGGCUCAGACAGCCUACUAUCCCUCGGCCAUGUGCCGAGCCUGGGCCAAGAACAUCCUUAAGAAGAACGUAGCCUCCCAGUACGGCAAGGAGAUCUAUGCGGGCCUGGAACAGAUUCCAGAAGAGGACGACGUCGAGACGUCGGUCGAGUUAGGGGAGCUGAACACGGAGGAGGACAUCGAGAUGGAGACCGCCGAGGCUUCCAUCAAAGGCCUGGGCGUCAAGACGGAGCUGUCGAAGAAGGAGGUCUCAGAGAUCGAACAGAGACUCGCGCGACUUCAUCGCAAUCUGGGACAUCCCAGCAACAAGACACUCUACAAUAUUCUCAAGGCCUCUGGUGCAGCGGUCCCUGUACUCCAACUGGCACUUCAAUUUCAAUGCCAUGGUUGUCAUAUUGGGAAGCUCCCCAAAGCUGCGCGAGUAGCCUCAGGCGUGGAGAUUCCGGGCGUGCUCGAAGUCCUCGCCACGGACGGACUGGAGUGGCUCUCACCCCAGCAGACCUCCCACAGCAUGACCCUGAACCUCGACGAGGGGUCCGGCCUCACCAGCGUCACCUACCACGGGCAGAAGGGCGAGCGCAGCGGCAACCGGUCAGCCAUCGAGGUGAUUUCUACGUGGGAAUCGUGGUGCAGCCACUACCGUCAACCUGCCCUUCUUCGCAUGGACCCAGAAGGGUGCCACUGCUCUCAGAUAGUCGCGAAGUGGGCAUCCGACCAUGGGAUCGAGAUAUGGAUCGCGCCUGGGGAGGCGCACUGGCUCAUGGGCAAGGUGGAACGUCGCAUACAGCUCUUCAAGCGACUCAUGACGAAGAUGGCCACCCACGACCCCGAGUGCAGCACGCAGGAGCUGGUCACCUGGGCCGUGAGUGCGAUCAACUCCAUGGACAAGGUGGGAAAUCACUCCCCAUUCGAGCACGCGCUGGGCGUCACAGGGAUGGCCCCCACGAAUAACCCCUUCGCCAUCAUCGACGGGGAGACCGGCGAGACGCAGGAGCAGAGGCGACUUCUGGCCCGCCAGAGCUACCUCGAGUGCGAGUAUGCAGAACGGCGACGCCAUGCCGAGCAAGCCAGGAACCAGAUCUACCAGACCUGGGAGGCCGGCGACCUCGUGUACUUCUGGCGUGACGGCAAAGGACGGGAGAACCGACCUGGCAAGAAAGGAGGGUGGUACGGACCUGCACGAGUGCUCGUUCAGGAAAAACGGCAUAUCGACGGCCGUGCCCGGGUGACCUCGGUCGUCUGGAUCGCCCACUGGAACUCGUUGAUCAGGUGCGCGCCCGAGCAUCUACGACCAGCCUCCGAGACGGAGAAGAUGCUGACCGAACUCAAGAAGCAGGCCUCCCUUGGGAAGACCAUGACAGAGAUCCUGGAGACCGCCAAGGCUGGGACGUUCGAGGACCUGGUGGAGCAGCGCCGCCUGGACCUCACAGCAUACGAGCCCCCGAGGACCACCGAGACAUUCCAACCAGGAGACGAGGCAGAAGCGCCACCUGCCGCUGUCACGGAGGAGGAGACGAACAUACCGGAGUCGAGCCACACUACACCGAGGUCUAUGGCUCAACCAGAAGCAGAACCAGGCGAACCCUCCGAAGACGCUCAGGACCAGGAGAUGGCACCACCCGCAGGAGCAGAGAUACCUCAGCAGCCUCCGCCAGUGGACCUACCUCCAGCUGAAGCACCAGCCUCUGAGGAAGCAACACCAGCAGCACCAAGAGAGCCUUCUGCUUCGUCAUCACCGGCGCUCCCUCGGUACCGCAUGACACAUCGUGGACCGGAGCUGGACCUCUAUCAGCCGCCGGAGAAGCGUCGGAAGGACAACAACGACAUGGACGAGAGCGAGCUCUGGGCGGACCUCCAGAAGGACGACCUGGACAUUCUCCUGGGGAUAGACGAGCACCAGACAGCAUAUUUCGAGCACAUCAAGAGCGAGGGGGCCGACAGGAGCGUCGACAAGGCAGUUCUCAACAGCUUCGUCGCCAACCAGCGCCGGAAGGACAAGCUCGAGCUCUCAUGGUCCAAGAUGAACGUAUCCGAGAGGGCAGAGUUCGAAGUGGCCAUCUCUAAGGAGACGGACAACUGGCUUCAGCAUCGUGGACUCCGACCAGUACCCGCGUCUGAGGUCAAGGACAGUGCCGACAUCAUCCGGGCGCGGUGGCUCUUCACGAGGAAGGCGGACGGCAGGGCCAAGGCGCGACUCGUGCUCCUCGGCUACCAAACGAAGGACCUCGGGAAGGAGCCUACGGCUAGCCCAACUGCAUCUAGACGGGCUCGCAACGUGAUGCUCACGAUCGCGGCUGCACACGACUGGAAGUUGAUCGAGGGUGACGUCACCUCGGCGUUCCUGCAGGCUAACGAAUUGGACAAGGACUUGUUCAUUGAACCCGACGCCGUGCUGAAGAAGGCCUUCAAGGUGAAGGAGGGUGAGCUACUACGCGUUGUCAAGCCCGGGUACGGCAUCGGGGAGGCCCCGCGUGACUGGUGGGAAACGGUGAAGGUCGAUUUCAAGAAGCUCGGACUGCAGCCCUGCGAGCUGGAUCCGUGCAUGUGGCAGGUGCGGUGCCCACAGACCAGACGCCUCAUCGGUAUGGUCAUGGCACGCGUGGAUGACUUCAUUCUGGCAGGUGACACCGCUCACCCCAAGUGGACCAACAUCGUGUCUCAGAUCCGGAAGCUCUACAAGUGGGGCACCUGGGAGGACAUGAAUGACGGUAUCACCUGCCUGGAACAGUGCGGGGUCACCAUCGAGGAGAACGAGAAGGGGUUCUUCCUGCACCAGCGCGCCUACGCCGACAAGAUCACCGAAGUACGGCCACCUGACGGAGGACGGCACCGACCGACGGACAACCUGCGCGACAAGGACCAGACCGUGUUGCGUGCGUUCUGCGGAGAGGUCUACUGGCUGGGCGUCAACACCAUGCCCUUCCUGCUCGCGUGGGUCGCAGAGCUCCAGUCGAAGAUUCCUGAGGGCACCCACAGUCUGUUCACGGCCGCCAACAACAUCCAGAAGUUCAGGGGGCUGGAGACGCUGAAGAUACUGCUGGACAAGUCUCCCAUCCAGGAGAAGAUGACGUUGCUCCAUCAUUUGCCAGCGCUGUUCCUGGAGAAGCAGGAAUGGAGGCUCAUCUACGACGGGAAUUUCAUGAGUGCACGAAAACGGGCCGCCCUGGGCAAGGGCAUCUUCGAUGCCGCGAAGCCCGAGGACGCUGCAGCCGCCAAGCAAGUCUUCGAGGAGCGCCGGAAAUCCAGGCAGCAGCAGGAGCUCCCGAGGGAGAUCCAGACAGAGGACGGCAAUGUGGAGCCGAGCAGCUCUCGGCAGGGUCGUGAUGACCCCGUGAACACGGCAGCUUCUUUUCCGCCUGUCUGA